UUAUAGCCGUUCAAUAAUAAGAGACGGGGAACAGCUAACGUUGCUGAUUCUUUAUCUGACAGAUUGAGUGUCGGAGAGGAUCAGAAGACGUGUUCAGAGGACACCAGAGUGAGCUGGCCUUUCUCUGAGCCAUGGACUGGAAGACUUUUCAAGCCCUGCUCAGCGGGGUGAACAAAUACUCCACUGCAUUCGGCCGGAUAUGGCUCUCAGUGGUUUUUGUGUUCAGGGUCAUGGUUUAUGUCGUAGCGGCAGAAAGAGUUUGGGGUGAUGAGCAGAAAGACUUUGACUGCAACACCAAGCAGCCGGGCUGCGCAAACGUCUGCUAUGAUUUCUACUUCCCCAUUUCCCACAUAAGACUAUGGGCUCUGCAGCUCAUCUUCGUCACGUGUCCAUCACUAAUGGUGGUCAUGCACGUGAAAUACCGUGAGGAACGUGAACGCAAAGCCAAAGCAAAACUCUACGCCAACACGGGAAAGAAGCACGGUGGACUGUGGUGGACGUAUCUGAUCAGCCUUUUUGCUAAGACUGGCAUUGAGAUCACCUUCCUGUACAUCCUCCACCACAUCUACGACAGCUUCUACCUGCCAAGGCUGGUGAAGUGUGACGUCCAGCCAUGUCCCAAUGUUGUGGACUGUUACAUUGGCCGGCCCACAGAGAAAAGAGUCUUCACUUAUUUCAUGGUGGGAGCGUCAGCGCUCUGCAUAGUGCUCAGUGUCUGCGAGAUCAUCUAUCUGAUCGCCAAACGCAUCAGCCGCUGCGCUAACAAAUACAAGCAGCAUGACAAAAGAAGCACACCGAUUAAUCAGCGAUAUCGAGAUGAGGACAGCAACUGCACUAUUCCUUUGCACGAGCUGGAGAGCAAGCCCGAGUAUAAACCAGAGACUAAAGAAGACUUUAGGUCUGAAUAUAAACCUGGCCCUAAACCGCAGUUUAAAUCUGAAGUCAAGCCCACUUUUAAGCCAGCCUACAGGUUGAGUGUAGACAUGAGAGCGUCUGCUCCAAAUCUCUCAGCACCAAUGUACAAAAUACAGUCUGGUAUCAUCUAAAGAUCUUCUUUCUUUUCUUCUCAAGUCAUCUGGAGGCAUAAAGACGUUUUGAAUGUCUGGACAAUCUCAAAGUCUUUCACUGUCCAUCAGGAUCUGUAAAAUAAUCAGUAAUGGGAGAUGGAAGAUGCUUUAUGGCAGAUUCAGGAACAUUUGCCCAGAAGCUGCCAGAUUAAAUGUUUUACUAAAUGGUGCAGUGGUGGUUGCCAGCCUAGUUCAGAACCAGCUCAAACACCUGCAUUUUUACAAUGGUUUCUUGAACUGAAUGAGGACUGAAAGCGUUGCCUUUCUUCUGGUUCAUUCUUUCUUCUAAAGAACAAAGGUGAAAACCUAUGAAAAACAACCUGAGAGUUAUCAAAUAACCAGUAAGGCAUUCAUGGAGAACACACCUUACAUACAAAACCCACCUCCGCCUUCACACGCACACAGAACAACAGGCGGAAGUGUGGAGCUCCAGAAGACGUCAUGGAGAUACUGUCCUUUUACAGUGUCUCGUUUCUCAAUGUCCUGGUAUUUGUCACAAAGAUCAGAUCAAAGAUUUGUAGUUGAUGUUGUUUCAGCUAUCAAUGUUUCAUAAGCGAGGCUUAAGGUUUACGUGUAAACACACCUGAUCUCUUUUUUUGAACUCAGAUCCUCAUGCUGGAAAAAUUAAUGGAAAAGAUACCACCGUCUCCAUAAGAUGGAGAUUAAAGAAAGUGUAUCACCCAUUUUGUGUUAUGAGCUGCUCUUACCAGAGCUAACCUUGGCAAGCAUUUGUAAAAGUCUGACUUUGUUCAGACUUGCUGUUAUGAUCUUGUUACAUUUAGCCAAGAUGUAUCAUUUUGCUGCACAGUCUGCCUGUUGAAAGAAAUACUGAAUAUUUGCCUGUUGUAACAAAUACUGAAUCAACGCACUUUCAUUUUAUAUAAAAAUAUUUUCAGGUUAUUUUUUUAAUGGCAAAAAUGGAGCUCUGGUUUUGUAUUAUAUUCUUUUAUGGCGUUAUUGUGAUUUUUAGAAUGUUUUUUAAAGAUGAUUCCUUUUGAUACUGUUUAAAUAAAAUAUAUAA